AUGGCAGAAGUCGCAGCUGGAGCUAUCGUCGCCGAGCAAAUCAUCUCGACGGGUGUCGAGGCUGGCGCCGCUGCUGUUGUUGCGCGACCGUCGCAGCCAUUGACGGUCGUUUUGACCCAGAUUGCGUCGACUCCAGCAGAAGAUGACUCACUCGCAUUGGCUCGAUCCCAUCACACCGUCACCGUCAUCAACAACAGAGCCUACAUCUUUGGCGGUAACAGAGAAGACGGCCAACUAUGCUCCAACGAAGUUCACGCUGUAUCUCUUCCAGGCGAGCAACAGGGCAAUGGAGAGUAUGCAUGCUACCCAGCCGUGGGUGAAGAUGAUGCUUGUCCAGCCCCCAGAGUAAACCAUGCCGCCUGUGCUCGUGGUGACGCUCUCAUCAUUCAUGGAGGACAGGAAGGUGAUGGACAAGCACCCAACGAAGGAUCUUGUUUGUGGCUUUGGGACGCCAAUAUGCUCAAGUGGGAAAAGAUUGAGGCCGUGGGAAAAGCGCCAGAAUCGAGAUCGAAGCAUCAGAUCUUCUAUGAUCAGGCGCGGGAUCUUUUGGUCCUCCACGGCGGCCUCGAGGAUGGUGAGCCGACCAGGGAUACUUGGGUUUUCAACUUUACAACACGCUUGUGGAACGAGCUGCCAGCUGCUCCCGCCGUGUCUCUCGCAGCGCAGUAUGUUGACAGCACACUCUACUCCAUCAGCGGCGAUUCAGACGUGCAUGGCUCAAUCCACUACAUCAAGCCAGGUACAUCUGAAGAUCAAACCGAAGCGCCAGAAUGGUCCACCAUUGACUUUCCCACUAACCCAUUGGCUCCUGGACCUCGACCUCGUGUGGGAGGUGCAAUGUCUCAUGUGACGACAGGCUACGGACGACACUACCUUCUCUGCCUAUUCGGAAGCCGAAAAGACGUCGAUAUAUCUUCAGACGAAACCUUUACCGAAGAUCACCCCUUCUACUCCGACAUGUGGUCCCUGCAACUCCCCUCGGGUGGCUUCACCGGGUCCCGCGUCAAAGACGUCAUCCGCGACGCCAUCCCAGGUGUGGAGUCUGGGGAAUUCAGCUGGCACGAGCUUGAGAUUGCACCCACCGAGCUGACACAAACGACUGGAAAGGUGCAUCCUGGUCCUCGUGGUUUCUUUGGUGCGGAUACUUGUUUGGAUGGUAAGGGAGUCAUCAUGUGGGGAGGCGUCAAUGCCAAGGGAGAGACCGAGGCGGAUGGCUGGUUGUUGAAGAUUGGCUCCUAGAGAGUGUUGAGAGAGCUGUUUAGCCCAGUUGGCAGUGCUCUGCAACCAACAGAGGCCCACGACAAAGAGUUGUCAACUCUUCGCGAGGGCUGUGACAGGGAGUCAUUUCGGGCGACUCCAACUCACAACUAAACACAGGGGGUCUCCUUUCUGCCACCGCAUGCCCGCACAGCGGGGAAUUCUAUAUAUUGCCCAGGCGCGCUCUUUUCGGCCUCCUUUACCUGCACCGCAUUUAAACCACAUUUCCUUAAUUGUAUCAUUGCUCGUACCUUUCAGACCUUUGCUCCCCUGCUCUUGUGGUGAAUCUUUCAGUUCUUGCAGCGCUUUCCUUGUCUUGGUUGCUUCCUCUUCUACUUUGCUAGGAGAGCCAUAACCCAACAUAUCUAAGGCAAGGUCGGCAGAGGAGAAGAUAAGAAAUGCAGAGCAGAAUGGUUAUA